AUGUCUCUAUGGAGCCGAGAUGAGGCACUGAUGUGCAAAGUCUUCCCAUCCAGCUUGGGAGAGACCAGACUUCAAUGGUUCGAUCGACUCCCCACUGGAUCGAUACGUGGCUGGAAGCAACUCUCCGAAGAGUUCUUAGCCAGGUUCGUCUCCAACACUAAGAUUCCAAAAGAGCCGGAUACACUGUUCAGCCUUCGAAAGGAGCAGGAAGAAACGCUGCGCAAUUAUGCUAGGAGGUACUGGGAAGAAUACAACGAUCUGGAGGAAAAUGUGUGUAGUGAACAGAUGGCCGUUUUGUCUUUCAAACAUGGCCUGCGCUCGGAAAGUAAGUUGAGGCAAUCACUUACCAAGCGCCCAGCCACGGCAUUAAAAGACUUGCGUGCCAGGAUCGAGCAGUAUGCUCGCCUCGAAGACAAUCAGAUCCCCAUUGAGGUAGCAUCAGCAGAACAAACAGCUCGGCACAAGAAGAGAACAGAUCGAGGAGAACACAGAGGGAUCGCAGUGAAUGAAGUGGAUAAGUCCAAAUCCCACGAAGCCGUCGUGACUGUGUUCAAAGAGCCAAUCUAUCGAAUCUUGGAAAAGAUCAAGAGAGAGCCCUUCUUUGUUUGGCCGCCGAAAAUGUUGGGAGACCCGGCUCGGCGCAAUCAGAAGCUCAGAUGCACUUACCAUCAAGAUAGGGGGCACAUGACUCAGAACUGCAGAGCACUGAAACAACACUUGGAAGACUUAGUAGCGGCUGGGCACCUCCAGGACUGCAUUGAUCAAGAUAAAGAAGUGACCGAACCGGGGAACCCACCACCAGAACCGAAUAUUGAGCAUCAACCUCGGUUGAUAAUAAAUGUGAUCCAUGGAACAGCAACUCAAGAAUCUGAGGAGACACUGAAAGAAGAGAUUGCUAAGGCUACGCAAAUUCUACAGGUCAUGUCAGUGGAACCCGCAUCGAAAAAGAUACGUACAGUACCUAAAUCCCCCUUGUGCACUGUUUCAUUUACUAGAAAAGAUUUAGAGGGCAUACAGUACCCACAUACUGAUGCAUUAAUUAUAACUGUGGGAAUCAGAAAAUGCCCUCUAAGGCUGCGCAAAUUCAACAGGUCAUGUCAGUGGAACCCGCAUCGAAAAAGAAAGCUUGGUCUCUCUGAGCAGCAUCUCACCCCAGCGGUGGCCCCGUUUGUUGGCUUUAAUUCACAGCCAGAAUAG